AUGCAAUUCGCUCACUUGCUCAGCGUCCUCUCUCUCACCCUCACCCUUUCCCACCUCGCGGUCGCCACCGCCAUCCCUCCAACCUCGUCUGGCUCUGACUCCAAGUUCGUCAAACGGGGCAACCAUGUCCACUACCACAACGGCGGCUCGUCCUCCGGCGGUGGUGGCAUGUUUGGCAACAGCAAAGGCUCGAUGGCCAAGACCAUCAUCGGCGGCACCGCUCUAGCCGGAGGAGCUGGGUUCGCCGCUACGGCUGGCUCGAUCGGUGCCCACCGGCUAUUCGAUCAGAAAGACGACGACCAGGAGGGAGGAGGUAGGAAAGGGGGAGCGCAGCAGGGUCAGACGGGAGCUGCGGGUUGGCAGCAGCAGAUGCCUGGCCAGGACCAGGUGCAGGUGUAUCCCAAGGGAGACAAUAGGGCGCUUGGUGCUGGGACGGGCGGUGAGCGAAUGAGGAAGUUGGUCGUGCCGGUGGCGCUGCUCAUGUCGGAUGGAAGUUAUCGGGCGUUGAGCGAGGAGCAGCAGUAUGAGUUGGAAGGUGGAGAGCGCGGGAUGCAGGAGGAGCAGCAGGAGCCGCCAAGGUACUCGCCUCAGAUGGGUGGCGCUGGUCAGGGUCAACCCGGUGCAGCUGGAGGUGGUGGGUUCGUGUUCCCUGACCAGGGCGCAAAGUAG